GCCAAGGAAGUAAGAAGUUUGUAGAAGAUUUAACUAUAUCGAGAUGUGUAAUUAUGGAAUAUUAGCCACAAUUAUCGUGAUACUUAUAGGUCUAUGUAUGACUGGAACUUAUGGAAUGGCAGAUGAAUGCAUUAAUGGUCCAGAUAUAGUACCAGUAUGUAGUAAUGUUACCAUGUCAACCAAUGAUAUGUUUAUACCUGUUAAUAGUAGUAUUGGUACAGGUUGUAUGUGUGAUGUUCAGUUAGUAGACGCCUCAGGUGACGCGUGGUAUAAUGUGGCUUUUAUAGGUGUAGAUGUCAAUAAUCUAACUUGUGGAUAUCAAAUGCAGAUAGAAAAAACUAUUUCCUGUUCAGAGCAUAGAUCAAUAUUGGGUCGUUGGAGAUUAGACCAGAUUUAUAGUCUGAGAUUUACGAGAGAUUCUACCCCGAACCCACCAUCUACAGCAGGUUUCUGUUUCCGAGUUAUUUCUGUAACAAGAGAUGCUACAGGGUUUAUAUUUUACCCAGAUGCGAGGUUCAAAAUGAAAUGUUGGUAUAUAAACACACCGACAACAACAGACACGUUAUCAUCAUCACCAUUCUUGUCGCCAAUAACAAACAUACAAAACGCAACCAUCUCUUCUCAACAAGCAACACAAUCAUCUGAUCGAACUUCUACACCAAAAUAUAAUUCGAAGAGGGAAGUAACUGAUAAUCUGAUAGACGAGAAACUACCAGUUGCUGCUAUUGGUGGAGGUAUAGGAGGGGCUGUUCUGUUAUUGAUUGUUUUUAUAGCCAUCGUGUUUUUAUGUAAGAGACGACAACAGAAUGACUAUGAUAAACCAUCUAAUAGAAUAAGAGAAAGUACCAACUACAAUAAUGUACGUGUGAAGGAUGAGAUGAUUAUUACAGAUAAUGAUUUGUAUGUUAGUUAUGACGAUGAUAAAAACCAGUCCACAACAUCCCCUACUUCAGAUCUACAAACUGUACAAGGACAUACAUAUGCCAAUACUAAUGGUCCACUGUCAUCAGAUACAAACCAUUCAACUCCAGAUCUACAACAUGUACAGGGCCAUACAUAUGCCAAUUUUGCUGGGCAACAACCAUCAAAUACAAACCAAUCUACUUCAGAUCAACAUCUUGUUCAACCAUCGGUCACCACUUCUGACAAUAAAUCAACCCAAGACGACAUGAUCAUUCUAGAAAAUGAUUUAUAUGUGAGCGCGGAUUCUAUUCCAAAUUCUUCCGCUACAGAAAAUAAGCUAACGUGCCACGAACAAUUGGACAAACGGAAUUUGAAUUAGAAACUAAUCCCUAUGUAAAUAAUGUGUAUGCCGUCGUUAAUAAAAACCGGAAACCAAUAAUAAUUCAGAAAAAAAUAAACAUCGAAUUAAAAACGAUAACAGAUCAUGAUUCUCAAGGAAAAACUUCCCAUGUUGCAAAGUGGAUUGUACAACAAUUUAUCACCCAAUAAUACAUUCUACAGUAGAUAUCGCUUGUGUGAUCAAUUUCAUAAUCUACUGCGAUAUCUUCUUAGGAGAUAUCGCAUUACAUGAAUUUGAUUGUGCAGU